AUGGUAAAGCUUGUGGAUCCAAUAGACGACACCCUGUCACAUUGCUAUCUCCCGCACCAUCCGGUGUUCAAAGAAUCCAGCCCCACUACGAAUGUCCGAGUCGUCUUUGACGCCUCGUGUAAAACGGCGUCCGGAUACUCCGUGAACGACCUUCAGCUAGUUGGACCCGUCGUUCAGGAUGAUCUACUGUCGAUCCACACCCGUUUCCGCAGUCACCAGAUUGCAUUCGUAGCCGAUGUCGAGAAAAUGUAUUGGCAAACCCUGAUCCAUCCCCAUUGUCGACGCAUCCUUUGGCGUUUCAAUCCAAGCCAACCGAUUGCUACGAAUGAAAUGGAAACUGUCAUGUAUGGAUUCGGAUCCACUCUAUUUCUGGCAACCCGAACCGUAGUUCAAAUCGUUCAAGACUCGGCCGAAGAGUAUCCAGCCGCAGCGCCAAAGGCCGAGAAGGAUUUCUACGUGGAUGACUUCAUGUCUGGGUCUGACGAUUCAGCAGCAGGUUUCCCUCUGAAGAAGUGGGCGUCCAACUCGCCUGAAGCCCUCGCCGAUGUUCCGGCCAAAGAUUUGGCAUUGGCACCAUAUCACGAUCUCCAAGACACUCACUCCGUUUCGACCCUCGGAUUGAUCUGGGAACCGACGUCCGAUAUGAUGUCGUUCAAGGUUCACCUUCCGCUGCCCGCGCCCGUUCUUACGAGGAGGAAGAUCAUGUCCUACAUCGCGCAGAUCUUUGAUCCCCUGGGUCUUGUUGGGCCUGUAAUAGUAGUCGCAAAGUUAUUCAUGCAGCGCUUGUGGGCGCUGAAGACCGAAGACGACGAUCCAUUCGAGUGGGAUCGUACCCUCCCAGCCAACCUUUAA